AGAGAGAGAUAUGGAAUCUGUUGCGGUGAGGGAAGACAGGAAGCCUCACGCAGUUUGCAUCCCAUACCCAGCACAGGGCCACGUUAAGCCAAUGCUAAAGGUUGCAAAGCUUCUUCAUCACAGAGGCUUCCACAUCAGCUUCGUCAAUAGCGAAUUCAAUCACAAACGCUUACUCAAGUCAAGGGGUCCGGACUCUCUCAAGGGAUUACCUGAUUUCCAAUUCUAUACAAUCCCAGAUGGUCUCCCACCUUCGGACAUGGACGCCACCCAAGACAUCCCUUCCCUUUGUCAUUCCACCAGCAAGACCUGUUUGGUCCCUUUCCGCAACCUUCUCUCCAAACUCAACACCACACCUGACGUCCCUUCGGUCACUUGCAUAGUCUCUGAUGGUGUCAUGAGCUUCACUCUUCAAGCUGCUAACGAAAUUAGAAUCCCUGAAGUAUUGUUCUGGACUCCCAGCGCCUGCGGCUUCUUGGCCUACAUGCACUAUCCUCAUUUCAUGGAAAGAGGCCUUACACCUCUCAAAGAUGCUAGUUACUUGACAAAUGGCUACUUAGACACCCCAAUUGAUUGGAUCCCUGGAAUGAAAGACAUCCGAUUCAGAGAUAUUCCAAGUUUCGUUCGAACUACGGAUCCAAACGAUAUCAUGCUCGACUUUGCCAAGGGAGAAGUAGGGACAACUCCAAAAGCUGCAGCGGUUAUUUUAAACACCUUCGAUGCCCUGGAGCAGGACGUCUUGAAUGCACUCUCUGCAAUCUUACCUCGCGUUUACAGCAUCGGUCCUCUCCAUAUGCUGUUGAACCAGAUUCAAGACGACGACGAUGGUUUGAAGUCGAUCGGGUCCAAUCUGUGGAGAGAAGAACCGGAGUGUCUCGAUUGGCUCAAUACCAAAGAACCCGGUUCAGUGGUUUACGUGAACUUUGGGAGCAUCACGGUAAUGACGCCUCAGCAACUAGUGGAGUUCGCAUGGGGGCUCGCUAAUAGCGACCAAACCUUUUUGUGGAUCAUAAGACCUGAUCUGGUAGUGGGAGACUCGGCCGUGUUGCCGCCGGACUUUUUGACUCUUACCAAAGAGAGGGGCAUUCUGGCGGGUUGGUGCCCACAGGAGGAAGUGCUCAACCACCCAGCCGUGGGUGGUUUCUUGACGCACAGUGGUUGGAACUCCACAUUGGAGAGCAUAUCCAGUGGAGUGCCACUGGUGUGUUGGCCGUUCUUUGCCGAGCAGCAGACAAACUGCCGGUAUUCAUUCGUUCAUUGGGGGAUUGGGGAUGAGAUCGACAACAACGUGAAGAGGGAAGACGUUGAGAGGCUUGUGAGGGACUUGAUGAUGGGUGAAAGGGGAAAGGAGACUAAGGCCAAGGCCAUGGAAUGGAAGAAGAGAGCAGAGGAGGCCAUUGCUCCUGGUGGGUCUUCCCACGUCAAUUUCCACAACAUGGUGAAUCAGCUGCUUCUCUCCAACCCUCAUUGACUUAAAACCUCGCCCGUCCCAAUCGUUUGUU